UUUCCUUGGUCAACACAGCUAAUGCAUCCCUUCCUCCAAUCAUCAACGCAAUGGAAGUUUUCAAGGUCCAUCGAGGACUCGCUAAUGGAACCAACGAGGACGAUGUGAACGCAUUGGUGAUGUUACAGGAGCAAUAUCAACAACUUCAAUUGUGGGCAGGCGAUCCAUGCCUUCCCAUAGGGUUCACCUGGGAUUGGCUCAAUUGCGAUGCUGAUGAUCCACCACGUGUUACUGAACUGCAUCUUAGUGGAUCGGGCUUGAAGGGCACCCUUCUGGACUUCAGCAGCCUAACUGCACUUGAGAUAAUAGACUUGAGUAACAACAGCUUGAAUGGACACAUUCCAAACUUCUUGGGGACAUUUCCUUCCUUGAAAGAGUUGAACUUGGCAUACAAUAAUUUCACUGGACCUUUACCGGCAUCUUUGAAAGGCAAUAAAAAGAUACAACUAAAUAUAAUAGGAAACCAGAUCGAAGAUGACCCAAUUCCGCCGCCACCAAAUGGUGGAAGAAAUAUGAAGCCGAGCAUCAUUGGAGUAUCAUUUUGGUCAGUCAUCCUAUUUCUAUUGCUAGUUGGUUGUGUCAUCUAAGCAUGCCUUCAAAUCCAACAUCCCAAGCCAUCACCUGAUGUUGUGAUGGAGACUUAAUGAAACAACGAUCAGGAUCAGAUUGGAAGCUAAAGAAUCAAAUCAUCUCAUCUAUUGGACAUCGGCUUCUGGAAAUGCUUUCUUUUCUGUUGAAUAAAUUUUCAUUGGGCUCGG